AUGGCGACGCCGGCGGGUUCCCACCCCGCCUCGCCGCCGGCGAUACCCGGGAAGGCUGCGGUGGCAGCGUGCGCCGCCAUGGCCGUUUCCUACGUCGCCGUCCUCUACGCCCCCACGCUCCUCCUCCGCCUGCCGCCCGCCACCUCGCUCCGCGCCUUCUUCCACCGCCGCUUCGUGUGCGCGGCCGUGUCCUCCGCCGCCUCCGUCCUCGCCACCGCGGCGCUCCUAGGCGUAGUAUGGAGCUUGAGCGACUCGUCUAAGGCGCUCGCGGUGUUCGGCAUCCGUAGUGAUCACUUGCUCGAGGCAGUAGUGAUCCCACUUCUCCUUACAUCCCUAGUGUAUGCUGGGUCAUUCGUCGCAAGACUCUGGGUCAUGUCAAGCUCGUGUGGCACGGAUGAUGAUGGGGUGGGAGUCAGCUGCACCGAGAAGCUUGCUCGCUGGAUGCAAACCUCCUUACAGGAUGUAAUGGUGUGGCGGAACUACGUAGUGGCACCGUUUACGGAGGAGCUGGUUUUCAGGGCGUGCAUGAUACCUCUUCUUCUGUGUGGAGGAUUCAAAAUGUAUAACAUUAUAUUUCUGAGUCCAAUCUUCUUCAGCCUAGCACACCUAAACCACUUGUUUGAACUUCACCAACAAGGAUGCAACUUUAUGAGAUCUCUCCUGAUUGUUGGUGUCCAAUUAGGCUACACUGUAAUUUUCGGGUGGUAUGCUGCAUUUUUGUUCAUCCGAACAGGGAAUCUUGUGCCUCCUAUUGUUGCUCACAUAUUGUGUAACAUGAUGGGUUUGCCUGCAUUCUCAUCACCGCGAACAAGAGGAGUGACAUCGCUAGCGUUUCUGGCCGGCUCAGUAUCCUUCUUUUGCCUUCUUUUCCCUGCUACAAGUCCAAAACUGUACAAUGCGAGGUUAGACGGAUGCAGUUGCUGGCAUGGUUACUGCAGAUGGAGUUAG